AUGUGCUACGAUUCAAAUUCAAUUCUAAAUUCUCCAAAAACUGUUCCAAAAGUCUUCUGGACCAUCACAAUUCUAUCGAUUUUUAUCCAUAUUUUUGGUGCCUUUUGUAUUCUACAAAAAACUCCAAAAUCCGUGAAAUCCGUCCGUUUUUGGUUGUUCAACUUUCAUUUAUGGUCCCUUUUAUUGGAUUUCGUUUUGGGAUUUGCGAUAACUCCAUUUUUCUUUUUGCCAACCCUCACUUUUCGAGCUUUUGGAUUUUUGGAAGGUUUUGAGAGAAUUGUACCGUAUUUGGUGGUUUUGGUGUUGGCCGGUGAGUUUUCAUCGUCGUUUUUUGAUCUACCUUACAGUACAUUUCAGGCACCGGUUACAGUCUCGUCUUCCUUCUCGAAAAUCGCUAUAAUUGUCUGAAAAUUCUCGAGUUUUCGAAAUGGCGCAAAACUUUUCGCGUCAUUUUCUACGUGGCAAAUACCGUAUUCUUAUUCGCGUUUCCAUUGAUUUCUGUGGUCUAUGUUCCCGAUCAGAAAUUGGGAAGAAUUCAGGCGAUUCAGGUGAAAAUUGCCACGUGGCAAAUGUACAUAUGUUCAAAAAGUCCCAAAUUUUCAGCUUCUCCCUUGCCUUGCUGAAAUUCCGGAUUUUUUCGUGGUCGUAACCGACAAAACCCAAGUGAAAAAUAUAGUUUUGGUCAUAUUUUUGACGGUUUUCAUCAUUGUAUUUCAAUCGAUAUUUUUCGCCUGGUCAAUUAUCAGAAUCUCCGAUUUUUCGAAAAACAUCUCAAAACAUACAAUCGCGCUCCAGCGCAAAUUCAUCAAAUCGAUUCUAAUUCAAAAAUUGAUUCCAUCCGCCUCACUUUUGCCUCCAAUUUUCUACAUUUUUCUCUGUAUUUUCACGACGUUUCAUUGGCAAAAAUUGACAAAUUUAUCGAUUUUUCUGGUCAAUUUACACGGGAUUAUUGGAAGUGCGGCUAUGUUAUUCCUUCAUAAAACCUACAAAAAUACCGUAAUUGAUUUGGUGUACUGUAGACGACAGAUUAACGGAACACCAAUGGAAGUAAAUAAUUAUUGGGUCAAAAGUUUGCCGAGUUGA